UAUUCAACAAAUAAUUAUUAGGCCUAUUAUUUUAAGUAUUAAUAUUAAGAUUCAUUAUUAUGCAGACAAUUUAAUCCAUGCCCACCAAAAUAAAGUAAAAUAAGAGGAAAAUAGGUGUAUGCCAUUAAUAACAUGCAUAGGUUUAUUUAUUGCUGUAUUCCUAGUAUUCUUCUUCUUUGUCUUAUAUUUGUUUCUUUUAUAUUUCAUUCGCACACCUUUUUUGCAUUUUCCAUUUUUAAGUGCUUUGAGUUGAGUGGACGUCAGGGCAUUACAGUAUCAACUACUGCCAGAGAGGGCGCUAUGGAAACGGAUAAGUCUCCGGAUCACAAUGAAGCACAAGAAGAAGACGACACAGCCGUGGCUGCCGAAUGCUUCCUGGUUGAGAGGACCAAGAUUAUUCAGCCGGCGUCUCUGAAAGACAGCAAACUGGAGAAGCUCAAGGAGGUGCUGCUGGAUUGGAUCAAUAGCACUCUGAAAGCAGAGCACAUCGUGGUUCAGAGUCUGGAAGACGAUCUAUACGACGGACUGGUUCUUCAUCAUCUUCUGGCCAGCUUGGCUGGCGUGCACUUACCCUUGGAAGAGAUCGCACUGACCAGCUCGGCUCAGAUCCGCAAGCUGGAAGUCGUAAUGCAGGAGUUGGACAAGAGGCUGGACCGGCGCGCGCCCAAGUGUGACGUCAGCUCGAUCCACAAGAAAGAUCUCCUGACCACUCUCCAUCUGCUGGUUGCCAUGGUGAGACAUUUCCAGCCCGAGCUGGAGUUACCCUCCGACGUGAAGGUUCAAGUCGCGCACGUGGAAGUGAGCGGGACGGGGAUCCGAUCAGAUGUUCGAAGCGAAGUCCUGACAGGAGAGAGCAGCCAUUCGGAGAACCUCGGCAGCACCCAUGGGGACGCGAAUCAAGUCGAGGAGCUGCUGAGGAUGGAGGCUCACGAGGUCGCACUGGCGAAGCAGGCCUUGUUGAACCUUUUCAUCUUUUGUGGCAUCGAGUUUUUGAGGCCCGACGCCCAUAAACGUGUGUUAAUGGUGUUGCAGAGUGCACAUUUCUGCAACUAGUUUUUGAAUUGAAUCAAAAUAUCACUCAAAGUCAUCAAAAAGCAAAGUGUGGUGAGUCUCUGUCACCCCAAUGUAUGCAGUCAAUUGUUGCAUCAGUGUCGCAUCACUGGUGAGCUCUUUUUAGAACAGACCUCUGGGGUACUCGUGUUCUACUUGAUGGUAACUAGUGCCCGGUGGAACCUUUUUUUUUUUUUUUACUUUGCGGAAAAUGCCCAUUAAUCAACAGAGUAAACAGCCAUCCAUGUUUGCAGUUUCUCUUUUUGCCUUACUCCCUCCCUUCAUCUCCGCGCAUAAAGAGGAAAAAAAAAAGCGACUUGCCUCAAUUAACAUUUGCUUUAGUACUUCUAAAAUGGUUCUAAAAAAAAGGAAGCAAAGUGGACACGAUUGGCCAGCGCCGAGUGUUGAACAAAAUGCCU